AUGUCCCCUCAACCUGGCUCUUCCCAGCAUCAACAGUACGCCUACCCUUACGGUGCGUAUCCCUACCAACCUACCGCUACUCCGUUCUACCCUGCGCAACAACCUGUGAUGGUGAAUACACAAACUCCGCAGGCUCCUCCUCCCAAACAAAUCAUGGUCCAGCAUCGAAACGUUUCGCCACUGGCGUACAAGCUAUCGCAGCAGCUGCCCACGCCGCCGUUUUCCCGGCUGGAGCCGUCCGAGGAGUCGUUGCGCCAGCAGCCCACGAAACGCAUGAAACGCAAGUCCAAGUUCACCAAGGAGCAAGACGACCUGAUCAUCGAGCUGAAAAAGGCCGGCAAAUCGUGGGUGGAGAUUGCCGAGCAGGCGAACACCGGCACUUAUCUUGCAGCGCGCAACAGAUACCAGGUGCUGAUUGGGCAGCAGGGAGGCGGAAGCAGCGACUGCGGGCCCGAGGACGUGAUGGAACUACGCCACGUCGCAGACCAAGGCGAGAUGGAAAAAAUCCGAUAUCUUGUGCGAGAGUUUGAGAAAAAUACCGGCAAGGCUGUUGACCAGAAACAGAUCCGGGAGUUUUUACGGUACUUGUUCUGGAAAGAUCCGACGUUUUUUGAUGUUGACGAGACUUAUCUGGCCGAGCUUCUUCAAAUACAGGCCAGCCGAUAA